CGCUGCGGCCCUGCCCGGGAUCCUGGGCGCGGACGGGAGCGAUGGGAGCCGGGAAGCGGCUGACCGGGGCCCGCCGGAACCGCCCUGGAGCCCCCACCGGGCUCCCAGCCCCACAGCCCCUUCCAGCUGAGGAUCUCAAAAUACCCGACAGGCAUUGACGAAUGAAGCCUCAUUCCUCCCCCGCGAGGCAGGGCGCAGUUCCUGAAUCCCAAGACAAACCUGGGGCAGAUAAGACACUGAAGCUGAAGACACUUGUCCAUCUGUUCUUAACUCUGGUGAUUCUGUCUGCUUGUACUGUGCUCUACAUCCUGCUCUGCUCGCAGCUGCGUUGGCUCAGCUAUCAGCAGCUGGAGGAACAUAAACGUCCCUUGGUGAUGGUGUCUGGAGCCCUCAGCUUCGAGGGAUACAGUCGUGUUCCUGAUGGAAAGCCGUUGGUCAGAGCUCAGUGCCGCCAGUGCGCCCUGGUAUCGAGCUCGGGUCAGAUGCUGGGCUCGCGGCUGGGAAAGGAGAUUGACCGAAUGGAGUGCGUCCUGCGCAUGAACCAGGCCCCCACCAAUGGCUACGAAGAGGACGUGGGGACGAAGAGCACCAUCAGGGUCGUCUCGCACACCAGCAUCCCUUUGCUCCUGAGGAACCAGUCGUACUUCUUCAAGCAGUCCCGGGAGACCAUCUACAUCGUCUGGGGGCCCAUGAGAAAGAUGAGCCGGGAGAAGGGGGGGUUGACCUACAGGACUCUCCAGGAAAUGAAGGAGAUGUAUCCCAGCCUGCAGAUCUACACGCUAACCGAGAGGAUGAUGGCUUACUGUGACGAGGUCUUCCAGGUCGAGACGGGGAAGAACAGGAUGAAGUCUGGCUCCUUCCUGAGCACUGGCUGGUUCACCAUGAUCCUGGCAAUGGAGCUGUGCGAACAGAUCUCUGUCUUCGGCAUGGUCAGCGAUAGCUACUGCAGAACCAUCCCAGAGUGCCUUACCACUACUUCGAAAAGGGCAAGCUGGACGAGUGCAGGAUGUACCUCGCCCAUGAGAGAGCCCCCCGGGGUGGCCACCGCUUCAUCACUGAGAAAACCGUCUUCUCCCACUGGGCAAAGACAAGGAACAUUGUCUUCAAUCACACCUCGUGGGUGGGUGGGUAGGGGCGUCCGGCCCACGUGCAGCUCCCGGGGGAAACGUUUCACUCCGUGGUACGAUAGGCUGCAGCCUAGUCCUGCAGUGUGGCAUGGGGGCCUGUCUGGAGGAAUUGCACAUGGGGGGUCAGUGCAUGAAGAGAAGCUGCACAAACACGGACUUGACGAGAGGCCGAGCAUCCUGGGAGGUGUUGAAUGGAGCAAUAAAGGCACAUCUCAGAUGUGACACAUGCCCACCCUCUGCAGGGUCCCUGCCACUUGUGCUGGAGCAUUGAUCUGCAGGUCAGAGUGUCUCUGCGGGUCGGCUCUUAGGUGUUGCACAAUCCUUCCCAGGCACUCAGCUGGAAGGAGGCAGAGAAAACCUGGGGCAUCGUUCAGAGCACUCAAGGUCUCAGCCCCUCCAUUGCUGCAAGCAAUCCCUGACAUCUCUGAACCUCCCCCCCCCCCCAAUCAUUCUGAGCUCUGACCCUAGGACUGUCUUUGAAAAGUUUUUAAUCUUUGAACCAGGAUGAAUAUUUAAUCCAGUAUUAAACAUUUCCAUACUUGCGUUACAGCAGGCUGCAGAUCUUAGAGAAGUGGAGUCGCUCUGAGGUUUAAGCCUGUGCCUCUUGGGUGAAACUCCUCAUUCUCUUCCACUUAUAUCCUCAAGAGGAGGUUUAGGUGGGUAACCAGGGGGAAGACGAAUGGUCUUGUAGUCAAGGCACUGGACUGGGACUCAGGGGACUUGAACUCAAAUCCAAGCUCUGCCACAGAUUCUCUGUGUGACCUUGGACAAGUUACCUAGGACCCGAUCCAAAGCCCGUUGACAUCAAUGGAAAGACUCCCAUUUACUCCAGUGGGCUGCUGUCUCAGUUCCCAGUCUUCUGCUUGUAUGUUGUAUUCGUUCCUCUCCUGCAUCUGUCUUGUCCAUUUCGAUUGUAAGCUCCUUGGGGCACAGAUUGGCUCUUACGAGCAAAAUGGGGCCCUGAUCUCAGCUGAAGCCUGUAGGCAUUACAGUUAUUCCAAUAGUACUUCUUCCUGUUGGUUGUGAAGCCGUGCACAGGCCUCGGGCUGGUGGAUUGCUCCCACACAGAGCGAAGCAGCAGGAGAUCUGGGGGCUCUGGGGGCCCUGGGUCUUCGGUCAGCUUAAAGAGCGAGAGGAGUGGAAUGUUUCAAAAGCGUCUCUUGCUGUGACUUGGCUGAACGGGGGCGAGACACCUGUCCUCCUGUGGGCACGCUGUGCUGGAUGUGCAGUGCAGGGAAAAGAGAUCCCCUGUCGCCAGCCGGCCUGCCAUUCAGUGAGACGUAGACAUAAGAACGGCCACGCUGGAUCAGACCAAAGGUCCAUCUAGCCCAGUAUCCUGUCUUCCAGCAGUGGCCAAUGCCAGAUGCCCUAGAGGGAAUGAACAGAACAGGUAAUCAUCAAGUGAUCCAUCCUAGCAGCAGUGUUUGUGCUGAGGUUUUGCCAUUCGGCAAGGAAAAGGACACUGCCUCCUGGGCCAGCAGUCCAAAUAUCUUCUCGUUCUGUCUGUCCCAGGAUGGGGAAUUUUGACCUAGUGCCGUACCUGGGGCACCCGACUGUGGGCUCCGCUCCCACGCAUCACACCUCUCAAAGUAGUGUGCAUGUGCCCUGCAGCUCCUGUUACCCUGCAGGACAGGCCCUGCAUUCCAGACAUGCCGUGACGUGUUCUAGACGCUGCCCUGACCUCAGUAAAGGUGACCGCUUUUUGCCAGAAAAAUAGGGUCCGUUCUGGUUCAACAUCCUGAAUGAUACACCUUACAUUUCUAUAGCACUUUUAACCAUGAAGGAUCCCAAAGUGCUUUUGCAAAGUCUGAAUAGCUACAGGAGCCACCUCAUCUCCUCCUCAAAGUGCAGCUACUUCUGGAGUGGAACACUGUCUUUUCAACAGCAGCACACAACACCACCGUAGGACAGUGGUUUUCAACCUGGGGUCCGCAGACCCCUGGGGUUCUGCAGACUAUGUCUAAGGGGUCUGCGAAAGGUGGUCAUUACCAUAGAAGAGAGGUUCUCAACCUGUGGUCCGUGGAUCUCUGGGGGUCUGCAGACUGUGUCUAAGAUUUCCAAAGGGGUCUGCACCUCCAGUCAAAAUUUUGUAGGGGUCUGCAAAUGAAAAACGGUUGAAAACCACUGCUGUAGGACAGGAAGCGAAGAAAGAUGCUGCAUCUAAUUUAAAUGGUGGGGGCGUCUAGUUUUACAUUGUCUUGAAAUACAGUGUCUUCGCAUCUGUAAUUAUAAUUGCAUCUAUUUAAAAUCCUUGUUCGGGGGUUUAAACCGCGACAGCUAUGAAGGAAGUUUUGGAGACGGCCUGCAGUGCUCAUGUCGCUUGGGCCACAUAGCAGUUGGUGGCAGCCCGCGUGGAAAGCCCAUCUUUGUGCAGUGCUGUAGCCGUUUAAAACCACAUCUUAGAUGAACUGGUUUGAAAAAGACUCUCAGCAUAAGCUGUUUCUUGAACUGGAGCAGAGUGUGGUCGCUUUGGGGUUCAGGCUGGAAGACACAACUUCUGUCAGCAGCUCCACCAUGUCAGGAAGAAACAUUUCCUUCCAGUGUUCUGGCAUGUACCCUUUGAGUUCAUGUGCUGCCUUUGUUACCAAGUGCCCUUGGAUUGAUACCAAAGCAAACCUACUUAAUAAAUGUAUUUUUAAUUCUGUGA